AGUGAAGCUUCACCAUCUGAGAAACCAAAAGGACUGGCUUGUGUUAGAGGAUUGCUGUAAUACUGAAAAACAUCGUGUGUGACAUGAGAAAAAACCGACACGCUCAACUUAUGUUAGCAAUAGACCUGAUAUUGUCCAACAGCUAACUAACAAACAGGCUAAUGUUGCACAAAUAAACAUUUAAAUUGAUCUUUAUAGGGGAGAAGUCGUGUUUUAUAAUAAUGGGGUGGCAAUAUGGCUGCCAUGGUGAAAAAAAUAUUAUUUGACCAAAAGAAACUUCACAUCAUGUCAGAAUUACAGUAAUUACGCGUUUUUACCAUCGUUAAACUCAUAAUGGAGUCAUUGCACUCUGUGCAUUGCAUUCUGUGCUUCCGGUUCAGUCACUACACUCACAAUGGCUGUAUUUCACAGUCAGUUUCUCUAUCUUUCAUCAAGCAUACACAACUACGAAGGAUCAUUUAUUUCUACAUUUGAACACCCUAGAAAAUGGCUGAAUCUUCCCUUUACCCCAUACUACACAAGGGCUCAGUGGAUUUGAUUUGGGACGCACCCUGUGAGAAUGAAACCAUGGCAACCAUGAGACAGGAAGUCACAUGGAGCGGUGUGUUUUGGCGUUUCGCAGCGUUUUCAUGGGGUUUAUGAUAUGAAUAGCUCGUUUGGAUCAGUUGACUAUUGCAUUAUUAUGUCUGCAAAACGGAAUCUUCCAGCCUGGAUGGUCGCAUCUGAGGAGAAAAGUGGCAAAGAAGAGCAGCUCAGAGAGUCUCUAAAGAGGAAACCGGAAGUAAAGGCGACCAAAUCUGUACGAAAAAAGGGCAUCAAAAGAAUGAUAUACUGGAUGAAUGAACGGGAGCUCAUGGAAACAGCACUCAGUGUUAUAAAGAGACAUAACGGAGAGACAGCUGCAGCAGACAGAUGUGCUCCACUGAACACUGAAAUGACAGUGAUUCCAGAGACUGAUCAUGAAGAGACGACAGACUCAGAAGUUUCGGAGCCAGCCGUGGAUAUUGCUGAGCAAAAGAAAGUACCGUACAGUAAGUUUUUAGAGGAGAGAUGGUGCAGUAGUGCAUCAGAGAGCUCUGGUGAGCAGCCUUUAGCUUCAUCAGCGGUUUUGGAGAAGGAAGCUGAGUCUGAGGAGGACAACUCUCAGAGUGAUUCUGACAGUGAAGCUCUGCAGGUGCUGCGAGAGAUCUUUUUCAGCUGAUGAUGAAACACAAGUGCUGAAGAGUUUUGUGUUUACUUCAGCAAAACUGAUGAACUGAUAAUUCAGGGACAACACCAGAUAAUUCUGUGUUAUAGUCCUCUGUGCAAAGCCUUCACUCUGAGUGUCCUGUGUUGCCACAAAGUUUAGUUUAGAUCAGCAUCAGCUAAACUGUUGGAGCUUGAAUUUAAGAGGGAAGUAAACAGAAGAGAUAUAGGUAUAAAUAAUGGGUGGCAAAUUUAACAUUAAAUGUCUUAGUAAAGUUUUGGGCCACCACCAACCACCAGAACAGAUUCACACCAUCUUGGCACAGAUUCAGGUUCUUCCAAAAGAUAUUCCUUUAACUGCUGCUAGGAUGGUGGUGGUGUAGAGCAACGUCUAACAUAGCUCUUAAAUCUCACAUAAAUAAGUAAUCAAUUAUUUUGAGAUCUGAUGAAUAUAAAGGCCAUAGCAUAUGAUUUACAUCCUCAUUAAACCAUUCAGUGAGCCUUUGUGCUCUUUGAAUGGGGGUGGAGUCAUCCUGUUAGAGACCAGGAAUAUAAAUGUUAUGUCAUAAGAUAAAGGUGAUCAAUCAGAAGAACUUUGUAUUGAUUUGCAGUGUGUCCUGUGUUUAAGGGCUCAAGUGGACUUCAACCAUUCCAGAUUUUUUUUUUUUUUUUUUUUUUUACACCAGUGAAGCUUACAAUAUGCAUUUCAGUAUGUAUUGAGUGACUUAUACACUACAGCCCUACUAUAAUAUCCUCUUCUGUAUGAUUGUUGAUGAUCAUUUAUUCAGGUUUUCCUUUUAUUUGUACUGACAAAACGACUGAUUUUCACAAUUAUUUUCAUGUAUGGGACACGUCCCAUUCCCUGUAAACAUUGCUCAUUCUGUAAUUUGCUGCUCUUAUUACUAAAGUACAGUUGGUAUGGUCUGAAUUAAUUUCUAUGAAAAGUGAUAACAGACCUAAACAGCUGCCAUACUGUUACACCCUUAUGAAUGAAUAAACGUCAUUCGUUAAA